AUGACAGGCGUGGAUGGUUCUAAACUGAGACGUUUUAUCAAAUAUCAAAGAAAGAUCCUGACAUUCCCGGCCGAGGCAACAAAACAGUUGGUGCCGAUAUGCCUUUGUCUCUUGUCCCCCCAGUUCCGACCGGUUGUCGAUGGUUACUUCCUGCCAGACACGCCAGAAAGACUAGCGGUCAAAGGUCCAGUGAACGCUAAGUACUUCCUGACGGGCGCCACACAAGAUGAGGGUGUCAUUGCGGCAAUACCGUUCGUAGAGGAACACGGAACAGGCAAACAUGGCUCCCAAAAGUUAUUGGCAGUCAUGAACUGCUUCCGGGGUGAUCUACCGGAAGUAGAAGGAAUUGUGGAUUCCGUAAUGGAGCACUACACCCGGUGGCCGUUUGACAGGGGAGAAGAAUACAUCAGACAACGAUUUGCAGAGAUUGUUGGCGACUAUUUCAUCGUGGCGCCGAUACACAAAGCAGCUAGCGUCCUCUCUCGACACAACCUCACCGUCUUCGUCUACAACUACGAGUACAAAUCCGUCUUCGACAAAUGGCAAGGUGUGAUCCAUGGCGCUGAGCUGUUCUACCUGUCAGGAUACCCCCUCGUAAAGCACCCGAACUUCCGGUAUGACGAGUCCGACAAGACAAUGGCAAGGAUGCUUCUGAUGUUUUGGGCCAACUUUGUCAAAAAUGGACUACCAUCCCUGGUCCCACUGAAGGAGUUUCACAUGGCCCGCUUCACUGAAGACCAACCACUCUUCACCCGCUUCGUGUCCUACGACGAUGGUCCGACAGUCAUCGUCGACCACCACUUCAAGACCGAGAAGCUGUCCUUCUGGAACAAUGGCGUGCAAGAGCUGUACAGACAGCAGUACAGAAACUACCACGUGGACGGCGAGAACCUCGUCCGCCCCGGAGACUACAUCAUUACCCAUACCUCCAAUAACUGGAUUCUGAUAGCCGCAUGUAUUGGACUGUCUGUUCUUACCGUCCUGCUGUCUGUGUGUUACUGCCAGAUGAGACGACAAGUCAGCAUCCUCAUAAGGCAGAACAGUGUCUCCAGCGGAAAGAGGAUGCUGUAGUAGGACAAUACUAUGAUGAAGGACACCGGGGGACGUGAACAAAGAGGAAGAAGGAACAUUAGUCGAGAACAGAGUUUAAAUUCAACAUGUUCUUUCAUUGCAGACUGCCGCAUGGCUGCAGGAUUGCAAUUCAGGGCAAUGCCCAAAACCAUAUAUGUCAUAGAGACUGGUGUAAUCCUCAUCCCAAGAUGUAAUGUCAAGCGUCUGAGAAGGAGAAAUGUCCAUGAAAAUAUGUUUGGCGAGAAAGCUGUAGUUGCUCUAUGUCCACAGAUACAUAAUACCGGCUACCGUCACCCAUGAAGAUGAUUA